AUGUCGAUUGUGCAGCCAUACAAGCCGACAAAGCCGGCUGUACCAACAUUAUCGACUUCAGAAUCCAUCCACAGUGGGUCAACAUCCAUGCUUGCCCCAACAUGCGCACCGGAGCGAGUAAAGCCACAGCUUACUACCAAAGAUAAGAUGGCAAUUGCCGAUGCCGCUCGCAUUCGAAGAUGUAAUUCAUCGGCGAAAGCCCUUGUGGUGUUGGACGUUGGCAGCAAGGAAACGCUUACUGAUGGACAGGCGCGUGUUCUUGCUGCAGUGCUAGAAGACAAGGGGGUAUUCUUCACUGGUCCUGCGGGUUCAGGAAAAUCCUUUACCUUGAAGCACAUUAUUGGCGCGCUGAAGAAGAAAUAUCACGACAAGCCAGAUGCAGUAGCAGUAACUGCAUCCACAGGUCUAGCGGCCGUGGCGCUAGGUGGCAGGACUCUUCAUUCAUGGGCGGCGAUCGGCAUCGGCGAACAACAUGUUGAUUGGGAAGACGGCUCCCCCCUUGCAAAUGGCACAAGAGGCAUUGUAUUGGGCUUCUUGACCUUGUCUGAAUGGGAGCGCAAGCGGGAUGGUGUGUGGGUAGAUCUCAAGGAGCGAGAAGAAAACGCUUGGGACAACGUCGUCGACCUGGUCGAGAUCGAUCCCAAGGGAGAUCUCACUCCACAAGAAAUAGAAAGGAGAAAAGCAACAGUCUUCCCACUUGUGCGAUGGACCACCGUUCGAGGUGAGUUUUAUGACCUCGUGGGCUACGAAAAAUGGGUAAUCAAAGGAAAGAAUGGGGCUCCUUUGGCGGAGCGUAACCAGUUACCCAUCGUACUUUCUUGGGCAAUGACCAUUCACAAGGCCCAAGGUCAAACAAUGGAAAAUGUUUCUGUAGACCUGACAGGGACUUUCGACUCCCGCCAACCCUACGUGGCCUUAUCUCAGGCUAAAACACCUGAAGGGCUCUUUUGUAUCGGUGAUCCAACCCAAGAGGUGUCCGAAAUAUUGGUCCGAUGGGUGGUGUGCGAGAACUCGCUGGAGAAAGACGGGAGAGAUGGGGGAAAUCAGUAG